AUGACGCAAAGCGAGUUCCGAUGUAUGUCCCGCAUCCGCCGCGUCGCGUCGGACCUAGUACCGGAGCCCCUUGCUUCCGGGUCAUUUUAUAGCGUGCCGGACGUGCAUUUCCUGCUGUGUGAGUUUCGGCUCAUGACGGGGGCGGUCCCAGCCCCCGAAGCACUCGCCGCGAAGAUUGCGGAGCUGCAUCAGUGUACUGGCGAUGGUAGUGGUGGUAGAUUUGGGUCGGACGUCCCGACUUUCCAUGGGAAUGUGCGCGUCGACCAUGGCUGGUCUAGGUCCUGGGAGGAGUACUUCGCGAGGACGACGAAGGUGCUGUUUGGACUGGAGCAGGAGGCGCAGGGACCAAACGAGGAAAUAAGGGGGAUGAUAUCGACUUUCUUCGACAAGGUAGUACCGCGCCUCCUCCGCCCUCUAGAAACAGGCGACCGCUCCAUCAAGCCGUGUCUUAUCCACGGCGACCUAUGGCACGGCAACGCCGAGACGAAUGCGGAAACUGGCCUGCCCGUCAUCUUCGACGCGGCGUCUUUUUAUGCCCAUAACGAAUAUGAGCUGGGUGUCUGGCGCCAGCCGUGGAACAAGAUUGGCGAGGCCUACCGGGCAGAAUACCACAAGUAUAUGCCUAAGUCGAAGCCGGAAGAGGACUGCGACGACCGGAACGCCUUAUAUUCAGUGUGA